GAUGAACAGUUCUGCAAACUCUUCAAGUUCAACCGUCAAAACCCAGAGCUCAGUCAAAUUCAGAAAUCUCAGUAAAACACUAUAGGCAGAAAGAAGUCAAAACACGGCCAUAUGUAGAAUAAACAAAGAAUACAGGGUACUAAAUAUGUAAUAAACCAGAGCUCUCCUCCUUGGAUAUAUCCCAUAUUCUUGAAACUGUAUUUUCUUUUAAUUGCAAAGGCAUACAAAAACAAAGCAUCAAGCAUGGCUAUGUAUGAGAAGAACGACCUCUGCAAAAUUAUACUUCUUUUCUGCUUUUUCUUAUCUUCAAUUCAACUUGCAACACCGAGGCCAUUGGGUGGGGAUUGGUGGGGGAUGAAAGAUGAGCUUGUGUUUCCAUCCCUGCAACGGGGUCCGGAAACACCAUCUGGUCCCAACCCUUGCACUUAUAUCCCCGGAGGGAGUUCGGGCAAUUGCCAGCUAAAUAGCAUUAACGUUGUUGGCCAUGUUGUUCAUACCCCUGCAGCUGCCUUUCCCAUUGUAAAGGGAUCAAAAUCAAAUGACCACGAUAACAGCUCCUAAAUUGCCGAGGAACUUCAAACUUCAUUUUACAUUUCAUUCUUUAAUUUUUCCUUUUUCAUGUGUAAAUUCUUUUUGCAUUUAUUCUGUUUACUGUAUGUCACAACCAUUAAGUAAUGUGUGGCUGUGAACCAAUGUACUUGAUGCUUAUUGAAGGAUAAAGCACAUGUUUAAAA